AUGAAGGGUCUUAAUAACGUUUCGAUAGAUAUGCCCAAUAUUGCAAAUGCUUUAGUUGAGAAGCAGCGUUUCGAUUGCCAAACUCUCCAAAAUGAAUUAGUUUCAAUUAAUGAAAUGACAAAUAACUCUAACGCAAACAAUUCCUUGUUUAAUAUUGUUACUCAACCAGACAAUAUUGAAGAUGUUGCCUCACUUUUAGAGGCGUACUUUGAGGAAUUUUCUAAUCAAAGUACGACAACAUUUCAGACAAAUAAUUCACAGGAUUCUCAGAGAUCAGCUACUGUAAAAACAUUCGUUGAAAACGAACCAAUUACGAUAGCAAAUAAUUUUUCGUUGAAAGAAGGUCCAUUAAACGAGCAUAAUUCUGAAAAUGAGGGCUUUAACAUUGAUGAACCUCUAGCAGAACCAAUAGAUUAUAAUUCAACGUCUGAACAACAAAAACAAAAAAAUGAAUGGUCUCUUAACAUAGGAGAACCAACAGAAUUGAUCAUCGUAAGGAAAUUCGCUAAAUCAUUUUCAAACGCAUUUGAACGUGAAAUUUCUGAAAUGCAAAGUGUUUCCUCAAGCUCUAAGAAACUCACUAAAUCUCAAUAUCGUGAAAUCGCAGAAAAGUGCAGCGUUCAAGAAUGUCUAAAACUGUCAAGUCAAUUCUUUGCAGACCCAACUUUGUUUAGUCUUCUUCGACAAUAUUAUUCGAUUGAUG